AUGAAAGCUCACACCAUCGUAAUUUUGUUGAGUAGUAUUUCUGGAUUGUAUGCAUUUGGUAUAUCGUCUUUUAUACAUGACAGUUAUGACUACGUAUUCGGUAGUCAUAAAACCACAACUAGCCAUCGACUUCAGAGUCGUGCUUACGGUGCAACAACCUGCGGUAAUUCUCUUACCUCUAAAAUGCUCACUAGAUUUUCUGGGAUUUUCUUUGGUGAUUUUACUACAAGGAAUGGCCAAGACAUCCUGGGUCCUCUUGCUGUUCGAGGAACUUUGUCAGGUAGUUUUUACACAAUUAACGCAAACGGUGCUGUAAAUUGCAGUGAUAUUGAGCACAGUUUUGACGGCUAUGGUCUUGUCGUGGGAGGUUCUUAUAAUGGCACUAGUGACCGUGUCCAUGGCGCUAUAUUCCUUUCAUACGGAACUGAUACUUCGAAAAUCCAGGAGUUAAAUUCUGAUUGUCCAAUAGUUACAGAUAGAGGUCCUGGUCUAUUCGAUUUCAAAAAAGCCUACAUUAAUUCUGUCUAUGCCUCCCAAACGUUUUCAGCAUUAGAACCUAAUUUUAAGCUAGAUGAAAACAAUGAUCUUGUUAAGUUGGGUCCCAAAAUAGGAUAUUUUAAUGUCAUGACUCUAAAUACCUGCAACAACUUCAACUGUAACUGGAACGGUCCUAGAGAAUUGUCUUUCCCAGAAAAUUUGGUCAUUAAUAUACCCAUCUCCGUCGGCACAACUUUUACUAUAGCUGGAAAUCAGCCAAGUUUGGGAAUUUAUGUUUGCAGCACAAUUUACAAUUUUUACCCUUCAGACGCGAAUGGCGUUUACACACCUGGAAGAAUAUACAUCAGUCGUAAUACUGGAGGCCAAUUAGGAGGUUUUACCCUGGCGCCCGAAGCAAACAUUGAAGAGUCUGGUACCGGAAAUUUUGCUGGAUUAAUUGUAGCUAAUGACUAUGAAUGGAAGCAAGGAACUGGUGGUGUAGAACUUCAUGAUUAUGCUGCCGUAGGUGGGAAGUGCUCUGGAUUCUCAGGGUGUUUUCCCAUAUAUGACGAUCGUGAUCUUCAUUUCCCAGAAUUAGUGGGCAUAUCUCCUGAAGAGUCGCUUUUGACUUUUAGUACAAUCUUCAGCGAGCCGACUACAAGCAUUAGGACAACAUAUAGCACUUUAACUGACGAUAUAAACACAAGCAAUACAAUCACAUAUAGCACUUUAACUGAUGAUAUGAACACAAGCAGUACAAUCACAUAUAGCACCGUAACUGAAGUCCCUAGUAAUACAAUGACAUACAGUACUGUUACGAGCGAUACAAUAUCAUACAGCACAAUCACUGAUGAUACUAGCGAUACAAUGACGUAUAGCACCAUUACCGGAUAUCUAAGCGACACAACAAUAUGUUAUAGUACUUUAACCGGAAACACGAGCGACACAAUCACAUACAGUACAAUUACCGAAGAGCCUAGUAAUGAAAUAGCAUAUAGUACAGUCACCAAUUCUCCUAGUGAUACAGUAACGUAUAGCACCCUCGCCGAAGACCUUACCGAUGCAAAAGAGAGUAGCAAUACAUUUGAUCAUAGCACCCUUAUUGAUGGCCAUAGUGAUAUAACUACUCAUAAUGUCAUUACCGAAGAGACUAGCAAUACCAUCAUUUAUAGUACCAUUACCGAAGAGACUAGCAAUACAAUCACUUAUAGCACUAUUACUGAUCAGACUACUAGUACAAUCAUUCAUAGCACGAUAAAUGAUAUUUCUACCACCAUUCUCACGUAUGAUACCAUCAUAAUUACAACAAGAUCAUCCGUUAUAGUCACUAUAACUCUCAAACCAGAAGUUACUCCACGCAGUGUAUCAUAUGAAACAGUCAGUAGCUCUAAUAGUUCUGUGCAAUCUUCAAGCGUUUAUGUGCCCACCAGUUCUACUAAAUCAACUUCCAGAAUCACUACCCAGUAUGAAACGGAGUAUACCGACUACGAUGAUUAUACAACAUACAAUUGGCACGAUAAACUUAAAAAAGGCAAAUAUGUCAAAAGCAGUAAGCAUAAGGGCCAUAAGCUCGAUGAUGAUGAAGACUACGAUGAUGAUGAAGACUACGAUGAUGAAGAAGACUGCGAUGAUGAAGAGGAAGAGAUUUAUGAUUAUUAUUAUUAGUUUGUACCACUCCAACCAUUACAUUCAAC